AUGGCCAUGCCCGGUGCUCGCGAGAUGGGCCGGGCAGAGCGGUUUGAAGACGAGAAGCGGCGCAUCAUCGAGAGCUGUUUCAGCAAGCGGGACGACGAUGGCUCUGUGCUAGAAACGUACAUCACCCACAUACGAAUCCUCGAGUUUUCGUCACAUCCGGCGAGCCCGCCGCCGCCGCAGACACGGUCGCCACACUCGGAGAAGCACCGUAUCAUCAUCGUGGCGGUGCGCAAGUCUGGCCGGGUGCGGGUGCACAAAUCCAAGGAAAACUCCAAUGGGACGUUUUCGAUCGGCAAGACGUGGGACCUCAACGACCUGUCGGCCAUCGAGUCGUACACGGCGGCGAGCACCAACUACGAAUACCGCCAGUGGGCCGGCAAUGUCGGCUUCCUCAUCACGCUAGGCAAGCCGUACUACUGGCAAGCCCAGACGGACAAGGAGAAGAAGUUUUUCAUCUCCAGCCUGCUCAAGAUCUACGGCAAGUAUUCAGGCGGCAAGGUGCCGGUACUCACCGGUUUCGACCCAGCCGAACUAGACCAGAUCCAGGGCGGUGCUCAGCGCCGCGUGCCUCCGCCGAUCAAUCCGGGGCAGCCGUCACCGUCUCAGCACUCGGCGCACUCGGCGCACUCGGCACCACCUCCUCCUUCCGCCCGUCUGCCCGUGCCAACGCCACUGCUACCGCCACAGGUCCUGACACCGUCCCAGCCGUUGUCCAGCAGUGUUGGCCGGCCGCCGUCGUCCGACAGCCACAAGCGGCCACCCUCGUCGCGCAGCUAUGCCCCCCAGCCGUCGCCGGCCUUCAGCCAGGCCGAGUUCCGCGGCAGCCCGGGCCCAGGCGGCCCAGGCGGUCUGCAGCGCAGCGCCAUAAUGGCCAACGGCAAGUCGUCACCGGCGACCAGCAUCGAUUCGUCCCGGUCGGCCAACCCGAACAUCCAGACGGCCACGCGACGGCUGGCUGCCGGCAGCAACAAGAGCCAGGAGUCGGUGGCCGCCUCGACGACGCAGCGAAGCGACGACGGCUCCGUCAGCCUGCCACCACGCUCACGCAACGGUCCCAUCCACCCUUCCGAGAGUCCCAGUCCGGGUCCUAGUCCAGGUCCCAGUCCGGGUCCAGGCCCUGCUGCCCCGGCGCCAACAAGCGAUAAGCCACCUCCGGAACGAAAGCGGCCGCCGAUGGAUCCGUCACGGCCGCAAGGCCUCCUCGACGACGGCCUCGUGCCGGCGCCCCUGAUGAGCUCGGUACGACCGCGGGAUAUCGUGGCACCACCGCCCCGAAGCUCCAACCGCGGGGCGCCCCUCCAAGAUGCCAGUCCCGGGCGGCCUGACCGUGACCGUAUCCCGCUGUCUCUACGAACACCGCAAAGCGGGCCUUUCCCGGCAGCCGUGGCUGCCUCGUCGGCUGCUGUGCUCAUGACACCCAUAUCAUCCACACCUCCGGCACCUCAGACACCAGCCCAAACGCCGUCCAGGCUAGCCGAGUCGACGCCCAUGUCGACGCCGGUCUCCAUUUCGACAGCGUCGACGCCGAACCAAGCAGUGACAACAGAGCCUCAGUCAUCACCACCGCCAAUGCCAGAGAACGGGGCGGGCUCGCCGGCACCAUCCGAGUCGGAAGACAAUCGACCCGGGCUAGGCCCGAUGAUCAUGAAGAAGGGCAAGACAGAGAAGGGCAAGACAGAAGUUGCAGGCGCGUUCUGGCGGGCAGCUGCGGCGGCCAACGCGUUCAAGCCGCGGCCUGGAGGUGCUGGAGAGCGUCUCCGCCAGGCGCAGUACAAGAGCAACGAGGGCCCCGACGGUAUAACGAGCGUGGUCCCGGCGCCACCGCGGCCGUCAUCGGCCGAGAAGGCUCAGCCGGUGGCAACAGGGGAAGAGCAGCAAAGCGGUCCACCGCACCGUGGCUCGAUCCCAGAAGUCAAGGUCACGGUGCCGGGAUCGAACCGGCCGUCCAGCCUGCACCCGCCGAUCAGGGAGGUGACGGUAGCAGCGUUUUCGACCACGACAGGAGCGUCAAAGACCGGCAAGAUCGUCGAGGAAACGGAAGCAGAGGCCGAGGAAGCCGGACGCAAGUCGAUGACCACAGGCAACGAUGCCAAGUACUUGACGUCGCUGGGAGUCGACCCGACGCUCCUGGACAAGCGGGCCAUUGAGUUUGCGCACUGGCUGGACUACUUUGGCUGGGUGCCAGGCGAACGGAUGCGAACGAUCAACAUGGAGGAUCUCAAGGUGGACAUUGACCGUGAGCUCAAUCGGGCGCAGGCGGGCGACUACCUCUCCCGGUUCCAGGAGGACGACGAACGGGUGGAGUCGAUCAAGUCAGGAAUCGACGUGGCGGUGGCAGAGUGCGAAGAGCUGGACAACCUGCUGACGCUGUACAGCGUGGAGCUGUCGACGCUGUCGGACGACAUUGCGUACAUUGAGGCGCAGGGCCAGGGGUUGCAGGUGCAGGCGGCGAACCAGAAGCUGCUGAUGAAGGAGCUGGAGAGUCUGCUGGACACGUGCGCGAUCACGUCGAGCGACCUGGAGGCGUUGCGCACGGCGCCGCUGGAGAGCGCGCGAGGGAUCGAGGACAUUGAGACGGCGCUGGUGACGCUGUUCAAGGCGAUGUCGAAGAUCGACCCAGGCAGCAGCAGCAGCAGCGGCAAGACAGCGGUGGCAGGCGUGACGAGCAGCAGUGGUGACAGCAGCGGCAGCAGUGGUGGCAGCGGAGUGCUGAGCAGCGAUUUUGGGCAGAUGCGGAUCGUGCGAGAGAAGAGGGAGAUGUACAUGAUGGAGAGCGACGCGUUCAUGCGGCGGCUGGUCAUCUUUAUGGGCGGCGAAUUCGGACUGGCGUGCGGCGAGACGCGGCGGGCGAUGGAGGGAGCGCUGUCGAAGAGAGCAGACGCACGCAACUACGAUGCUGGUCGAGAAGUGCUGUGGAAGUACAGCCCGCUGAUGCUGUACGCACGCGAGACGGACCUGUCGAACUGGGACCGGAUGAUGCAGAUGUACCAGGAGCAGAACCAGGCGCUGUACCGCAGCGAGUUCCGGGACGUGCUGACAGCGUGGAAGAAGUCUGCGCGACGGCCGAUAGCGGGUGAGGAUGCCGAGAUCCUGUUUACGGCGCUGCAGGAGAAGAAGGACGAGGGCAUCGCGACGACGGCGCGCAAGCUGACGGUGAAGCGGAGCCAGACGCUGGCGCGGACGCUGCGGUCGCCGUUGGGUGACGGUGGCGACAAGGGCGACCGGGGCGACAAGGCGGACAAGCACGAGAAGCAUGAGAAGUACGACAAGAUGGACAAGGCCGAGCGAGCGGCCAACGAGAGCCGGAGCCACCCGUACGAGGUGUUUGCGAGCGUGCUGGACGACGUGCUGCCGCUGGUGCAGAUGGAGCAGCAUUUUGUCAUCGACUUCUUCCACGCGACGACGCUGCAGCAGCACGACUUUGCUGACGUGGUGGCGGUAUCGAGGCCGCGCGACCGACGUGGCGUCGACCUGCGACGACACCGGCCGAUGGAACCGGAUCGGGAGCUGGCCCGCCGUGUGACCCGGGCGAUGGAGGCCAUCUUUGCGUCACUGGAGCAGGAUCUGCAGAGCCUGGUGAACUGGGUGUUGUCUUUGGAAGCAUUACAAGGAAUCGGUGUGUUGGCAACGCUCGAACACAAGCUCGUCGACAUCAGCCAUUCCAACCAGGAUUUCCUCAACAAUGUGCUGCAAAAACUGCACGCAGCCCUGCAGGGCCGGUUCACCAAGUUUGUCGACGAGCAGAUCCGUGCCAUCGAAGAGACCAAGGUCAAGAUCAAGAAACGCAAGGGUGUCAUCGGCUUCAUGCGCAUCUUCCCACACUUCAGCGCAGCUGUCGAGAACAUGCUGGACGGUGCCGACCCGAACCUGGGCGUGUGCCGCAUGGUGGACCACGAAUACGACCGAAUCCUGCGAUCCAUGUUCGACUCGCUCAAGGUGAUUGCACGCGAGAACCCGACGAUCACGGCUGCCGGUGGGCUCGUUCCGGGCGUCGUUGGCGGUGGUGGCAGCCUGAGCAUCGCAGCAGCUGUGGCCGGCAAUGGAGGCGGUGGAAACGGCGGCAACAACGGCGGCAAUGCCUCGGCGACCGAUCCCGAAGACAAGGAGGCGCUCAACUUCCACAUUCUGCUGAUCGAGAACAUGAACCACUACCUCGAGGACGUGGAGAACCCACGGGGGACCCGGGUGCUGGACGACUGGAAGGAAGCGGCCGCGGCCGAGAUCCAGGAGCACCUGGGGCUCUACCUCAAUGCCGUCAUGCGCCGGCCUCUCGGUCGUCUUCUGGAGCAUCUCGAGAACGUCGAGGCACAGCUGGCCGCCGGAAAGGCGCCGGCUGCCGUGGCCGCCCAGCCGAGCAACACCAAGGCCAUCUUCAACAAGGUGCUCGGCAGCUAUGACGGCCGCGAGGUGCGCAAGGGCAUCGAGACCCUGCGCAAGCGCGUCGAGAAGCACUUUAGCACCAGUGGCGAGAACAGCAACCCCGAUGAUCCCGUCGUCAGCAAGGCGCUCAUCAGCCGUGUCCUGCGCGAGUGCGAGGCCUUUUACGGCGAGGUCGAGCUGCGCAUUGGUAACAUCACGACCAACGUCUACGGCGGCGAUGUCAUGUAUGAGUGGCCGCGGGCAGACGUGAAGCUAGCAUUUCGAUGA